AUGGGGAGUGGAAUGAGCAAGAUUGUCACCGGUCUCUACCUCGGGAAUAUCCGUGACUCUGAGGACCGUGAGAAGCUGCUGAGCAAGGGGGUGACCCACAUCCUGUCCGUCCACAACCGCGCCAAGCCCGUGCUGGAGGACAUGACCUAUCUGUGUAUCUCGGCCUCGGAUUCAUCCAGUCAGAACCUGCUGCAGCAUUUCAAGGAGUGCAUCCAGUUCAUCCACGAGUGCCGGCUGGCGGGGGGAGGCUGCCUGGUGCACUGCCUGGCCGGGGUGUCCCGCAGCACCACCAUCCUGGUGGCCUACCUGAUGACAGUGACAGAGCUGGGCUGGCACAGCUGCCUGGCUGCCACCAAGGCCGUGCGCUCCUACGUCAGCCCCAACUCGGGAUUCCAGCAGCAGCUGCAGGAGUACGAGAGGACCCUGCUGCGGGAGUACCGCGCUUGGAUCCGCCGGGAUUACGGCAGGAACCCYUUCCAGGACCAGGAGGAGCUGCAGCGCUUGCUGGGCCAGCAGCAGGAGGGGCAGAAGGAGCAGCAUCUGGCGAGCAGGGAUCGCUCCUGGCACCGCUCGCCCGCUGCCACCUUCCCUCCGCCGUGCCACGCAGGUGGCGCCGGUGGCAGCAGAUGGAUGAACAGAUAAGCAGCAGGCUGUUCCCGGGCAGGCGUUGGCCCCGGGGCUUGGAAAACUCCGUUUUCCCUUUGCCAAGCACCUCCAGGGAUUCGUGUCUAGGGCACAAAGCUGCGGGGUCCUGCCGGGGGCUCCGGGGUGGGAGCGAGGGGACAGGACCCAGAGCUUCCCCUCUCGGUGGUGACAGUGUCCCUCGGUGGUGACAGUGUCCCUCGGUGGUGACAGUGUCCCUCUGUGCCCCAUUUCCCUCAUUCCCAGCGGAUUAGGGCCACUUUUCCACCCUCAGAGCAGCAGCCAGCCCCGUUCCUCUCUCCUCAUUUUGGGAUCUGGGUGCUCCUCCGGCAGGGCACGGGAAUGGGGGUGCAGAUUUUGGGAACCCCUGGUGGGAUGAGUUGGAGAGAGGCCCCCGUGCCCUCUGCUUCCCCGAGGAGGGAGGGAUGGAUCCCGGGAUUUGGGGRUGCUGCUGAGCCCCUGCUGGAUCCCAGUGGGGUGGGGAGUGGGGCUGGAGGCUCUUGGGGACUGCCCCUUUUUGUGUGUGGAUUUUCCCARCACAGCCUGUCCUCGGCAGGUGAAAAUCCAGCAUUUUCCUUAUCCCAGCGAUGAUAAAAUCCAGUGAUUCCAGAGGCUGCCUGUCCCACUGCCCCCAUCCCUGGAGCGGUUUGAGGUUUUCCCUGAGCCCCAUGUGAACAUCCCUGCUUGCAAAAGAAGCCAAAAUCUUGGUCGGACUCACUSAACACACGGACUGAUUUAACUCUGUACCUCUCCCAAAACCUUUUUAAAACCUAAAACCUGCAGCCUUUCCAAUUUUCCAUCCCAAACUCUCAUCGUGCUUUUCCAGAGCUUUCUUUGGCAGGAAUUCCCCCCAUCUGCCUCGUCAGKAGGGUCCCAUCCCAUGGAUUCAUCCCCUCUAUGUGGAAACCUUCAACCCUUCUGUGCCAUCUCGGCCUUUUGCUAUAAAUACCUUAUUUGUCUACUCAUAAAUGUCCGUUCUGCAAUUCCUUCUAAGAAAAAAAAAAAGGGAUUAAAAACAUUUCUAGGAAUUCUCCUAAUGAAGAUUUCUGGGUACUCGUGGUGUGACAGCACCAGGGGUGACUGUCCCAGCUUCUAAUA